AUGGCCGCCAAGAGAUCCGCCAUCAUCCUGCUGGCGGCAGUGGCGCUGGUGGCUCUGCUACCGGCGGCGCUGUGCCAGAAGGCGGCACCGGCCCCGGAGGCGGCGGCGCCGGCAGCCCCGAACGUGACGGCGGUGCUGGAGAAGGGCGGGCAGUACACCAAGUUCAUGCGGCUGAUGAAGUCGACGCAGCAGGACACGCAGCUCAACGCCCAGGCCAACGGCUCCGACACCGGCUUCACGGUGUUCGCGCCCACCGACAACGCCUUCGACAGCCUCAAGGCCGGCACCCUCAACUCGCUCACGCAGCAGGAGCAGGUCUCGCUCGUGCAGGCGCACAUCCUGCCCACCUUCUACUCCAUGGAGUCCUUCGAGACCGCCUCCAACCCCGUCCGCACCCAGGCCUCCGGCGCCGACGGGCCAUACACCGUCAACGUCACCGCCACCAGCAACAGCAACGUCAACGUCUCCACCGGGCUCGUCAGCACCGUGCUCGGCUCGGCGCUCAGGGCGACCAGGCCGCUCGCCGUCUACUCCAUCGACAAGGUGCUGCUGCCGUACGACCUGUUCGGGCCCAAGCCGCCCGCGUCCUCGCCGCCGGCGCCAGGGAAGAAGCCGUCGACGACCAAGGGGGGUGUCGCCGCGCCCGCGGGAGCGGAGGAGGAGGAGGCCCCACCUGCCGGUGCCGCCGCCGCUGUCGGCGCCGGGUGGAGCUUGGCCGCCGUGGUGGCCGCCGCCUGCCUCUUGUAAGCAGAGGAUCGAUGCUAGUCACGUGCACGUUCAUGUGCGCGGAUUCGAAGAGUGUACUACUGUCUAGCUAUUGUUACCGUGUUUCUUUUUCUUUUUUCCUUUCACAUUCUUCCUCCCUGUUUCUUUCUUUUCUUUUCGUGGUUUUGUCUAUUCAUCCAGAAAGAAAGAUUGGGCAAAAUGUGAUUCA